UUUCCCACUUUUUCAACCAUUCAAAUUUUCUUUUCUCCUAAUUGCUUUCAUCUAACACUUUAUUGUAUCUACUCUAUCAACUUCUUUUGGAGAAAAAACCACCAAUGCAGAUGCAGGAUCUGCAUGUUCACUUUCUAUGCCUUCACACACUUCAAUUCAACUUAACUUAGACAAUCAUAAAGAAAAAUCAUUUUUUUCCUUUGUUUUUUUACUUUACUUUAUGUCUUUGAUUCCUAGUUCUGAACUGGCCUAGCUUGCAGCAAUUUCUGCUGUUAUUGUAGAUAUUAUUGUUAUGAAUUCUAUAAUAAUGGGGUGAUUUGGUCCUUGUUGAAUUGUUCACUCAGUCAUUUCUCGGUCUCCUAUUGCGACAUUUGCUGUUUUCUUUUGCUUGUUAUUAUGAUAAUAACGUAAGGUUUACUUGAUUGUUCUCUCUGUGAUUCUUGGUUGACGAGAUCAUGUCAUACCUUUCUUUCGUCCUUUUCUGCUUUUACGUUAUUCACUUUAUCUCUUGUAUUUCUCUGCUGAGGCAAACCAGAGUUUGUUUGUACUGCUUUACUCUCUCUCUUUCUCUCUCUAAACUUUCGUUUACCAAGUUUUCUGUUCUACACCUGGUUGCAGAGGAGAAACCGGAAAAAGGCUUGGAAAAAAUCAGAGUUUGUAACUACACGCUUUUGGUCAUGGACAGUUAUUACCAUUCAGCUGUUGAUCUCAUUCGGCUGGUUUCACCAUCCAUUUGUUUAGCUUCCGGCAAGUUGUGCUUUUGACCAAGUACCAAAGACCUCCGUUUUCAACUUCAAGGUGUAGAUUGUCCAACACUUCUACAUGUUAGAGAAUCUUUGGAGUCAGGAUUGUUUACUCAAUUGACUAAAGUUAGAAUCUGAGUUUGAUACGAGAUCUAUAGUGAAAAGGGAAAGAACUUGGCCUUAUUUUCACCUGAUGCCUUCAUUCUGGAACUGAGCAAAUGGGUUGCUGUGUCUCAACAAGUAGUCAGAGUGCUCGUAGCAGCAGGAGCACUGGAGACACAAACGUUCAGACGUGUCUAGAAAUAGGAUUCUGUGGUCAAAAGAGUGCAAGGAGAACAUUCUCUGACCAUGUUAUCUCUCUGCACCAGUUACCAUCUUUACCCAACAGAAUUUUCACCAAUGGAAAGAGCAGGUCUUCUUGCAUAUUUACACAGCAGGGUCGUAAGGGGAUUAAUCAGGACGCCAUGAUUGUAUGGGAAGAUUUCAUUUCAGAAGAUGUGACCUUUUGUGGUGUCUUUGAUGGCCACGGUCCACACGGUCACCUUGUUGCACGCAAAGUCCGGGAAGCCUUGCCACUCAAAUUGCUUUCAUUUUUGCAUUCCUCGGAAUCAGGACAAAAUGAUUCAGGUAAAACUUGUUUCAGAGGCAGCACGAAGCCUGAAAGUGGAGAGUCUGAGAAAGAUGUUGCUGCUGAAGAUAAACUGAAUUCUAUGUGGAGAGAAGCUUUCAUGAAGGCAUACAAGGCUAUGGAUAAAGAGCUGAGGUCUCAUCCAAAUUUGGACUGCUUCUGUAGUGGGAGCACAGCUGUCACUGUAGUGAAACAGGGUUCAAAUUUGUUCAUGGGCAAUAUUGGGGAUUCCCGAGCAAUCAUGGGAUCCAAGGACAUCAAUGAUGUCAUGGUGGCAAUUCAGUUGACCGUUGAUUUGAAGCCUGAUUUGCCAAGAGAAGCAGAAAGAAUCAAACGAUGCAAGGGUAGGGUAUUUGCAUUACAAGAUGAGCCAGAAGUUCAUAGGGUAUGGUUACCUUUUGAUGAUGCACCAGGAUUAGCAAUGGCUCGAGCAUUUGGAGAUUUUUGCUUGAAGGAAUACGGUGUGAUUUCUAUACCUGAAUUUUCUUAUCGGUUACUAACAGACAAAGAUCAGUUCAUUGUUCUUGCCUCAGAUGGGAUCUGGGAUGUUUUGAGCAACGAAGAGGUAGUUGAGAUUGUAUCUUCAGCACCAAGUCGAUCAUCAGCAGCAAGAAUUCUGGUGGAUUCGGCGGCUCGAGAGUGGAAACUUAAGUAUCCUACUUCAAAAGUGGAUGACUGUGCUGUUGUGUGCCUGUUUCUGGAUGGAAAAAUGGAUUCAGAAUCUGACUGUGAGGAGCAAUGCUUCUCUUCUGCUAUCAUGCAGAGCAACCAUUCAGGCAAUCUGGUUGAGACAGAUGAUGGACAAAAGUAUGAGCCAACUUUGCAAAGGAACUUUACAGUGAGAUCCUCAGAAGAAAAUGGGAGGUAUGGAGGAAGAGGAGGAGUAUCUGUUGAUGUUGUUGAAGAUGGAAACUCACUGGUUCCAUCAGGGCCUGAAGAUCAAAACUGGUUAGGUUUGGAGGGUGUGACCCGAGUAAACUCACUGGUUCAACUUCCUAGAUUUUCUGAGGAAAAGCCAAACUGUUGAGUUAUUUUGGUUUGGUGGGUUUGUAAUAUACAUGUUACUACUCAUUGAAUUCAACAAAGAAAUUCUCUC